GUUGCAGAAGAAGAAAACGCGUGAAACUUAAACGGCGCAAUUUUCUCGUAUAAAUAACGCCGUUCCAUUUUUCAUGGAAAAAAAUGAUAAAUCCAAAUCCAAAAACCCUAACGGCCUAACCCAUCGUGUAGCAACAGAGAGUUGAACUUUCAUUCCUUCGCUCUCUCUUCUUCGUUACGCAGAAAAAUGAACUUCUCCAUGGACGAUGAAGUUCGCAAGAUCUUCAGUAAGUUCGACAAAAACGGCGACGGAAAAAUCUCUAGUUCGGAGCUGAAGGAAAUGCUCAUAACGCUUGGAACCAAAACGACAUCCGAUGAAGUGAAACGCAUGAUGGAAAUGAUUGAUCAAAACGGCGACGGUUACAUUGACCUAAAAGAAUUUUCUGAUUUUCACUGCAUCGACGCCGGAAAAGACGAUGCCAACGAGCUUCGCGAUGCUUUCGAUCUCUACGAUCUCGAUAAGAACGGUCUCAUCUCGGCGAACGAACUUCAUGCUGUUUUGAUAAAACUCGGUGAGAAAUGCUCCCUCGGUGAUUGCCGGAGAAUGAUAAAAAACGUCGAUGUUGAUGGUGAUGGAAACGUUAACUUUGAAGAGUUUAAGAAGAUGAUGGCUCGCUGAACGAUCGUUUAUUUUGUUCGAAUUGAAGAUUCCGCUAAAAACCGUACGUUUUCGUUUCCACAAACUUGUUAGGGUUUGGUGAUUAAGAAGUUAAUAAUUGCCGAAUUGCACGCUAAGUAGUUGACAUUUUGUGGAAAUUCUUUAAUCUUUUCUACGCUAUGUUUGAUUUUAGGAUUUUAGGUUAGUCACGGAAGAAGUAGUAGCAGCAAGAUUAGAAGUAGAUGAGUAAUUUUCCGGUUAAAUGCUGGUAACUAGAUUAAUCCAUAGAAUUAUAGUUCUAAAUUUUUCUCUUGCAUAUUCAACUUUAAUAUUGCUGUAAAAUGAUUCAGUUGUAAUUGCAAUUCUUCACUUGCUAUGCUGUUGCGAAUACUGACGUUAAUGUUGCAAUUUAGAACUAUAUGCAUGCAAUGAUCAUCGGUGGUUGAUGUUUUUAA